AUGACGAAGGACAGGUUAGCGGCGCUACAAGCGGCGCAAAGUGAUGAUGACGAUGUUGGUCCAGACGAUGUUAACGUCCCCGUCGAAGGAGGCUACAUGGACGAGUUCUUCAGUGAGGUGGAAGAAAUACGAGAGAUGAUAGAUAAGAUUCAGGCCAACGUCGAGGAGGUAAAGAAAAAGCACAGCGCCAUCCUAUCGGCACCCCAGUCAGAUGAAAAGACGAAGCACGAGCUAGAAGAUCUCAUGGCCGACAUCAAGAAAACUGCGAACAAAGUUAGAGGGAAAUUAAAACACAUAGAGCAGAACAUCGAACAAGAAGAGCACUCGAACAAAUCGUCAGCGGACCUGAGGAUAAGAAAGACCCAGCACUCGACGCUGUCGCGCAAGUUCGUCGAGGUGAUGACGGAGUACAACCGCACGCAGACGGACUACCGGGACCGCUGCAAAAACCGGAUACUGCGGCAGCUCGAGAUCACCGGCCGCGCGACCACCGACGACGAGCUGGAGGCCAUGCUGGAGCAGGACAACCCGGCGGUGUUCACUCAGGGGAUUAUAAUGGAGACUCAGCAAGCCAAGCAGACGCUGGCGGACAUAGAGGCCCGACACGCCGACAUCAUCAAGCUGGAGACUUCCAUCCGUGAGCUGCACGACAUGUUCAUGGAUAUGGCCAUGCUGGUCGAGAGUCAGGGUGAGAUGAUCGACCGCAUUGAGUAUCAUGUUGAGCACGCUGUGGACUAUGUCCAAACUGCCACUCAGGAUACAAAGAAGGCCCUAAAAUAUCAGAGCAAAGCCCGACGGCGCCUUACCUUAGCGCAAGCAGGGCGAAUUGGUCGAUCGCAUCGAGCACCACGUGACCGAAGCCGCCAGCUACGUGGAGACCGGCGGUGGGCAGCUCGACCAAGCUUACAAGUGGGCGACCAAGGCGCGGAAGAAAAAAAUCUUCCUCAUAAUAUGCCUGUCGAUUACGCUGGUUAUACUAAUAAUUGUGCUAGCCAUCGUCCUGAAAUAAGUGGAACGGAGUUGCUCUGGAGUCGUACGGAAGUUGUUGGAUACCCUUAG